UAAUCAGCGGCUGUGGGGAGGCGGGUCGAGGUGCUGACUGUAAUGUGAUAGCUGCUCCGCUCUAACGUUAUUACAUGCACAUGCUGGCUGCCUGCGCUCUCGCUGCUGGAAGACGGAGCCUUCAAAACUCAAGCCAGAAUACUCCCGAGUAGAGCAGAGGGAAGGAGCUGUGUGCCUGGACAGCGGAGAGAGAACGGAGAGAGAACGGAGAGUUACGUCUAGAUUAUAGAGCGCUGGGCAAUAACGGCAAUACGGAACGUUUUGGUUUGCAUUCUAUGAAAGAUCGUUUUUACGUUCGAGCCUUGAACAAAUGGACUAUUUCGUUUAGAUUUGUGUUUUUUUUGUUUUUGUGUUGUUGUUUUUUUCGUUUUCAUUUUUUGGGACAAGUAAAUGCACCGGAGGAAGAAAGUCCAAAGGAAAUACAAAAUAAAUAUCUUCUCACUGGUUUGGAGGCAAUCAAAACACUCACUUCAGAUAUCAGCGAGCGAAAGCAUCAAUUCCGUGGACUAAAAACCGCUACGGAUUUAUGAAUGAAUUCAUACUGAUUUUUUAUUUUUUAUUUUAACAGGUCCAUAAUUUCUUUGUUUUUUGAAUAUUCUCUGGAUGACAUUGUGUUCUUUUUCUCUCCGUGAUUCUGAACGCCGCAGUGGCCACAAUGGUUUUGAAUCUUCUAAAUUAUUAAAUUGAAAUAACGGGGCAAAAAAUAUUAUUCAUUUUAAAUAAGAAGAAACAAAAGAAGUGUUAAGCGAGGGGGAAUUGAUAUCGCCGUUGUGUUGAACACCUCAACCACAGACCGACGUCUUCCCGGUGGAGGCGCGUGUUACUCGCGAGCGGAGAAAACAGUUUUGCACGAGGAAGAAGACUUUCACGGCGAGUUCUUCUCUCCGGGAUUGGGGAAGGGUGAAACUUCACCUCCGAAAAUGGAUAUAUUACCGUGGCUCUGUGGAUGUUUACUGGCGGUGUGUUUACCACAAAUAGUUAUCGGGGAAGAAGGUGAGGCGUGUGGCGGACAUUUUGAUGCCAGCAACGCCGGGUACAUCACCACCCCAGGGUACCCUCUGGAGUAUCCCCCUCAUCAGAACUGUCGCUGGGUCGUCACCGCUCCAGAACCCUCCCAACGUAUCGUCCUCAACUUCAACCCACACUUUGAACUGGAGAAACUAGACUGCAGAUAUGACUUCGUAGAGAUCCGUGAUGGGAGCAGUGAGAACGGAGAUCUGCUGGGUAAACACUGCAGCAACAUCGCCCCUCCAGCCAUCAUCUCCUCCGGCCCCAUGCUCCACAUCAAGUUUGUCUCCGACUACGCUCACCAGGGAGCUGGUUUUUCACUGCGCUACGAGAUCUUCAAAACCGGUGAGUUCAAUAAUGAAUAAAAGACACAACGUUGAUACAAACAUUUAACUACACAAAUACAU